AGCGCUGCCGCCCUCUCUUGCAGGAGGUAUGUCGCCGGAGGACAGUGUCAGUCAACAGCAAAGCUGGAGGGGAAGGUGGCGAUAAUCACAGGAGCCAACACGGGCAUCGGGAAGGAAACUGCCAGAGAACUCGCGCGAAGAGGUGCGAGGGUGAUAGUCGCGUGCAGAGACAUGGUGAAGGCAGAAGCUGCAGCCAGUGAAAUCCGAACUGAAACAGGGAACCAGCAAGUCAUUGUGAAAAAACUGGACUUGGCUGAUACAAAGUCUAUCCGGGAGUUUGCUGAAAAAUUUCUAGCAGAGGAGAAGGAACUCCAUAUUCUCAUUAAUAAUGCUGGUGUAAUGUUAUGCCCUUACUCCAAGACAGCUGAUGGCUUUGAGAUGCACCUGGGCGUCAACCAUCUUGGUCAUUUUCUCUUGACCUUCCUAUUGCUGGAGCGUCUGAAGCAGUCUGCCCCAGCCCGCAUAGUGAACGUGUCCUCGCUGGCUCAUCACGGAGGCCGAAUCCGCUUCCAUGACCUCCAUGGUGAGAAGAGCUACAAUCGUGGCCUCGCCUACUGUCACAGCAAAUUGGCCAACGUGCUCUUCACCCGGGAGCUGGCGAGGCGGCUGCAAGGCACUAAAGUCACAGCAAAUGCUCUCCAUCCUGGUUCUGUCCAUUCUCAGCUGGUCCGGCACUCAUUUGUAAUGACGCUGCUGUGGAACAUAUUCUCGUUCUUCUUGAAGACACCUCAGGAGGGAGCUCAGACCAGUGUCUACUGUGCAGUAGCAGAAGAGCUAGACUCUGUGACAGGACAGUAUUUCAGUGACUGCCAGCCAGCAUAUGUAUCGUCACGGGGUCGGGAUGAUGAAACAGCAAAGAAGCUCUGGAGCGUGAGCUGUGAGCUCCUCGGCAUCCACUGGGACUGAGCAGCGCAGACCUCAAGUGUGGACCUGGCUGAGCGCAGCGAUGCUGCUUCUGGGAAGAGCACUGCUGAGAGACUUCAAGACUAGAACGCCGAUGUUUCAGCUGCCCUCAUGAUGGCUCUGUGAACACAAUCUAAUGUCAAUUUCUGGAAUAUUUACACUUAAGGAUUGAGAUUAGUAGCAACCAGUUCCCCUUCCUAGCUGGAGAAUUAAAGC